GUGUCAUCCUUCUUGGCUGUCACUUUUGCUGCAGCUCACUCAAAAUCGGUUUUUGUUUGUCAUCAUUUCGCUAAAAAGUUUCUUGUAGCCGUCGGUUUUUCUUCAAUUUCAAGUAAAAAUGGCCCUUGCUGAUGUGUGUGGUCUUCCCACGGGAAGCCUAAUGUCUGGUGCCCCGAUGGACCAUCAAUUCUUCCAGCGGGAUCUUGCCCUUAACAGUCAAAAUCUCCACAACAGUUUCUCCCUUGCGGUUCCACCGUUCCAAGAGCCGGCGGAGAAUCUGGCCAAACUCCAGGCCCAUGGCGAAUCUAGUGGAAUCAAGAUGGAGUUCGACCACGGUACCACAACGCUCGGUUUCCGGUUCCAGGGUGGGGUCAUCCUGGCCGUAGAUUCCCGUGCCACCGGAGGCCAAUUCAUCGGAUCGCAAACAAUGAAGAAGAUUGUGGAAAUCAACGACUACCUGCUGGGGACGCUGGCCGGAGGUGCUGCCGAUUGUGUGUACUGGGAUCGGGUACUGGCUAAGGAGUGUCGCAUUUACGAACUGAGGAACAAGGAACGGAUUUCGGUGGCCGCCGCCAGCAAGAUCAUGUCCAACAUCGUGUACUACUACAAGGGCAUGGGCCUGAGUAUGGGAAUGAUGCUGGCCGGAUACGAUAAGAGGGGCCCCCAACUUUACUACAUCGAUUCCGAAGGCACGCGUACCCCGGGCAAGGUGUUCUCGGUUGGCAGCGGUUCCAUCUACGCGUACGGCGUUCUGGACUCCGGCUACAAGUGGGACUUGACAGACGAGGAAGCCCAGGAUUUGGGCCGCCGAGCGAUCUACCACGCAACUCACCGCGAUGCAUAUUCUGGCGGUAUCGUCCGAGUGUAUCACAUCAAACCGACCGGAUGGGUUAACAUUUCCAACCAAGACUGUAUGGAUCUGCACUUCAAGUACCAGGAUGAGAAACAGCAGAAGUUUGGAUCUUAAUUGCGUUCUCCUAGUUCGAUGAUUAACUGAUAAUAUUAAUGCUUGGUAUUGUAGCUGUGAAUGCAGCCGGAAAAUACAUACAUUUGGUAAUUACUA